AGAGUGCGUGAGCCAUUACGUCGUCUACCUCGCGCCGCUCACCUCUCGCCGUCGUCGAAGCCACACGCGCGCCACAAUUUCUUUUAAUCCUCGGUGAGACGAGAGCACGAGACCCAUCCCCAUCGAUCCCACAUCCACGGCGCUGACUUCUCCAGCUCCACUCCACGUCUCCCAGCACGAGGGGAGGAGAAGAAUCAAAUCAAAUCAAUCAGUCGCAAUCGAGGGGAAUCCCACAAUUCUGGACAAUCCGAGACCCUCCCGCUCCGCUGGAUUCCCCGCCUCCCCUUCUUGGAUUGGGCUCAGCUGGGAUGAUUGGAUUGCCGGUCGCGGUUUGAGCUGAGGAGAUUCUUGCAGUCGAGGGGGGGAGGGAUGGAGGUGAGCAAGGAGGAGUUCUUGAGGCAGUUCGGUGGCGACUAUGGCUACCCGGGCGCGCCCAAGGGCGUCGACGAGAUGCGCGCCGCCGAGUUCAAGCGGCUUGAAGGGAUGGCUUACCUGGACCAUGCCGGUGCGACGCUGUAUUCAGAGGCGCAGAUGGCGGAUGUCUUGAAAGACCUUGCAUCCAAUGUAUAUGGGAACCCACAUAGUCAGAGUGAUUCAAGCAUGGCUGCGAGUGACCUCGUUACUGCUGCACGCCAUCAGGUUUUAAAAUACUUCAAUGCAUCUCCCAGAGAAUACAAGUGCAUAUUUACCUCUGGGGCAACAGCAGCUCUGAAACUUGUUGGUGAAUGUUUUCCAUGGAGUAGAGAAAGCUGUUACAUGUACACGAUGGAGAAUCACAAUAGUGUGCUUGGGAUAAGAGAAUAUGCUCUGAGUAAAGGAGCUACUGUGUUGGCCGUUGAUGUUGAGGAGGGUGCUGAUCUGGCAAAAGACAAUGGAAGUUAUAGUUUGUAUAAGAUUUCAAGACGCACAAACCAAAGAAGAAGCAAAGAUGUGCUUUCACACAAUUGUCAGAACGGAAGUCUUUCAGAUAUUUCAGGGAACAAUUGGAAUAUAUUUGCAUUCCCGUCAGAAUGCAAUUUUUCAGGACAAAAGUUCAGUCUGAGCUUGGUUAAGCUCAUCAAGGAAGGAAAAAUCCCAUUGCAGCAGCAGGGUAAAUGGAUGGUUCUGAUAGAUGCUGCAAAAGGAUGUGCCACUGAACCACCGAAUUUAACUGUGUAUCCUGCUGAUUUUGUUGUAUGUUCCUUCUACAAGAUAUUUGGCUAUCCAACUGGCCUUGGUGCUCUAAUUGUAAAAAAUGAGGCUGCUAAUCUGUUGAACAAGACAUAUUUUAGUGGAGGAACCGUAGCUGCUUCAAUUGCUGACAUCGACUUUGUUCAAAAAAGAAAGAAUAUCGAACAGGUUCUAGAGGAUGGAACAAUCUCGUUCUUGAACAUAGCUUCUCUCCGACAUGGGUUUAAGAUCAUUGAAAUGCUCACUACCUCUGCAAUUGAACGGCAUACUACAUCCCUUGCUACUUAUGUGAGAAACAAAAUGCUGGACCUGAAGCACAGUAAUGAGAUAAAUGUUUGCACAAUAUAUGGACAACAGUAUUCCAAGGUGGAAGGUCUGAAAAUGGGCCCUACAAUCACAUUCAAUUUGAAAAGAGAAGAUGGCUCUUGGUUUGGAUACCGUGAGGUGGAGAAGCUUGCUUCCUUGUUUGGAAUACAUUUGCGUACUGGCUGCUUCUGUAACCCUGGCGCUUGUGCUAAGUAUCUUGGACUGUCCCAUUCAGAUUUAGUUUCUAAUUUUGAGGCUGGGCAUGUUUGCUGGGAUGAUAAUGACAUAAUAAAUGGAAAGCCAACUGGUGCUGUCAGGAUAUCAUUUGGGUACAUGUCCACAUUUGAAGAUGCAGAGAAAUUCCUGAAGUUCCUGCAGUCCUCUUUUGUAUCCCUACCAGUACAAUUCAACAACGGGUACAUGUUGAAUCUGAACAGUCUUAACUUAAUAGAUAAUUCGAGUCAAAAGGCUGUUUCAGAUAUUCACUUAAAAUCCAUAAUUAUUUAUCCUGUGAAAUCAUGCCAAGGAUUUAGUGUAAAGAGUUGGCCACUAACCACUGGUGGCCUAAUGUAUGAUAGAGAAUGGCUUCUCCAAGGGUCAGGAGGUGAAAUUUUGACACAGAAAAAGGUGCCAGAGUUGGGCUCAAUCCGCACAUUGAUAGACCUGGAACUUGGGAAACUCUUCAUAGAGUCUCCCACACGCAGGGAUAAAUUGCAACUCUCUCUUCUUGAGAGUUUGGCUGAUCUAAGUGAAGAAGUAGAUGUAUUUGGUCAGAGGUAUGAGGUGCAAAGUUACGAUGAUAGGGUAAACACAUGGUUCAGUGAAGCUAUUGGACGUCCUUGUACCUUGGUGAGAUGCUCAAGCUCCAAGUACCGUUCCUGCACAUAUACUGGCUUGAGAGAUCGUCCAUGUAGAGAUACUCAAAGCAAACUUAAUUUUGUUAAUGAAGGACAACUACUACUAAUAUCAGAAGAAAGCAUCUCUGACCUCAAUAGUCGGCUAAAUUCAGGCAAAGGGGACUGUAAGCAAAAGUUGCCUGUUGAUGCAAUGAGAUUCCGUCCCAACCUUGUUAUCUCUGGGUCGAGUCCAUACAGUGAGGAUAACUGGAAAAAACUUCGUAUCGGAGAGGCCUGUUUUACGUCCAUGGGAGGAUGCAAUCGCUGUCAGAUGAUCAAUCUACACCAGGACUCCGGGCAGGUGCUCAAAUCAAAGGAACCAUUGGCCACUUUAGCGUCAUACAGACGAAAAAAGGGCAAGAUUUUGUUCGGCAUCCUAUUAAACUAUGAAGACAUUAUGGAAGGGGAAAAUGAGACCAUUGCAGGGAGAUGGCUCCAAGUGGGGCAACAAGUGUACCCUUCCACAGAAUGACUUGAUGAUGAAGUAGCUGUGGACAUAUCACUUGAGUACAUAUAUGGAAUUGCAAGUUGCAUCAGCAGCGACCUUGGUGAUGAUGAAGUGAUGAUUGUUACGUAUACAAAACACGUCGGCAUACAAAGCAUUUUCGUAAUUUUCCAAUACGCAUAAGAUGAAACAAGUUUAGUUAGGUGAAAACAGAAUAUACCUUCACAUGUAUCACAUAUAUACUAUAGUUCUCAAAAUGCUUUUAUAUAACACACAAGGGGCUCUAAGCCUAAGCCCUAGCUCAAACAAAACGAAAUGAUUGUGAAGAAAAAUGUACAGACGGAAAUGGUUCAUAUUUCAGAGUUCUCAUGAUUACGGUUUCUGUGCACAGGUUA